CUAGCAGUGUCUCAGUCUAAUCAGUCCGCUUGAGUCUAGGCCUUUGAGAGUUAGUCAUUGCCGGUGAGAGGUUGAUUCACAUUGGAAUUCAAUGGUUUUAUCUGGCUGACCAGUCGUUCAACAACACCAUCUUGCUUUCUAGCUAAUGGUAGAAGUAGACUGCUUUUUGUGUUGUUCUGAUUUGUGGUGGUGUUGUUGACAAAUAGUGGCAUGUUUCUCACUGCUAGCGGUUAGCUAACGUUAAUGCUAACCUAGCCAGCUAGCUUCUUUAGCUAGCUAACCAGUUGUCAUUCAUUGAUUGUAACUUUCCAUUUUAGUUUUCGUUAACGUUAAUUGGUUGGUUUACUAACCAACGUUAGCUAGUCGAGAUGGUGGUUUUAGAUUUAGACUAGUUAGCUAGCUAUGUCGCUCUGAUUUACUGCGACGAUGCUAACGUUAUGUUCGGUAAUGACGUGUGGACGACCAAAACAACUUCGCUUCAGACAGUAGUUAAGGUUUUCACUGAAGUGUUUGACUUACAAUUAAAUAACCGGAGGUUUACUUAACUAAUGAUAUUAGAAGAAGAAGCUAAGUUAGAGAGAGCGGUUUAAAUGGCAAGAAUUAGAAUUGAGCCAGGUAAUGGACUUCAGUCAGCAGAGUCCACCAAAAGUUUGCGGGACACCAGAGAAAGCCUGGCACUGACAGAUGGAGAAGUCAACUCUUUCGGUUCGGACUCAGAACUAAAUGGCUAUACCAGCGAGAGACAGACGGAUAAAUAUGGAUUUAUUGGGGGUGCACAACAAUAUUCAGAACAAUCAGCUGAAGACAUUCCUCCUGAGGUGCUGAGACAGAGGGAGGCCAAAUGGCUGGACAUGCUCAACAACUGGGACAAAUGGAUGGCCAAGAGACACAAGAAGAUGAAGCUGCGCUGCCAGAAGGGCAUCCCCCCCUCUCUGCGAGGCCGGGCGUGGCUCUACUUGUCAGGAGGAAAGGUGAAGAGGGAGCAGCACAAGGGCAAGUUCGAGGAGCUGGACAGCCAGGCAGGAGACCCUAAGUGGGUGGAUGUGAUCGAGCGGGACCUCCACAGACAGUUCCCCUUCCAUGAGAUGUUUGUGGCAAGAGGAGGCCAUGGGCAGCAGGACCUGUACCGUGUCCUGAAGGCCUACACACUGCACCGGCCUGAAGAGGGUUACUGCCAGGCUCAGGCUCCCAUCGCUGCUGUGCUGCUAAUGCACAUGCCUGCUGAGGAUGCAUUCUGGGGUCUGGUGCAGAUUUGUGAGAAGUACCUUCCUGGAUACUACAGUGCAGGGCUGGAGGCGAUCCAGCUGGAUGGGGAGAUCCUGUUUGCUCUGCUGAAGCGUGUGUCUCCUCUGGCCCACCGCCACCUGAAGAAGCACAAGAUGGACCCCAUCCUGUACAUGACGGAGUGGUUCAUGUGUGCCUUCUCCAGAACCCUUCCCUGGGCCUCAGUGCUACGUGUCUGGGACAUGUUCCUUUGUGAGGGAGUGAAGAUCAUCUUCCGGGUGGGCCUGGUGCUGUUGAAGUGCAUGCUGGGCUCCCAGGACAAGCUGAAGAUGUGUCAGGGCCAGUAUGAGACCAUGGAGCUGCUCAAGACCAUAGACACACGCUACAUGCUGGAGGCAUUCCUAGUGCGGGAGAUUAUAGAGCUGCCAUUGUCAGAGCGGGACAUUGAGAAGGAGCACCUGGCCCAGCUGCGGCACUGGAAGGAGACCCGGGGUGAGUUGCACUGCAAGUCCCCUCCAAGAAUGCACGGCGCCAAGGCUAUCAUGGCCGCUGAACCACCCAGUCGCCAAGACCUGAGACAGAACCCCACCAUCAUAGUUGAGUCGUCCCUGGCAACCAAUAAGAAUGGGGAGGGCCAGGAUGAGGACAAAGCUAGGAAAAAGACCAAAGAGGAGAAGAAGGGGAAGAAGAAGAACAGCUCCCCGACCCCGGUGGCGGCCAACCCUGAACCCAGCGACGCCUCUACCGAGCCCUCCCCACCCCUCAAAGACACACCCCUGCAGGGCUCUAAUCAGAGUCUGAUUAGCACAGAACAUGACACUUACCUGUAGCAGAUGGAAAGAGCUGGGACCAGCCGGGGAUUACAAAACCUAUUUACAGCUCACUGACUCCCGAUCCCCAGAAUACACUUAACCUCUAACCUCUAACACCCCCCCCCCCAUCCCAUCCCCAUCCUCUUGACUCUUUCCAUUAUAGCCAAAUGCAUCUAUAGCAAAACACUCCAUAAGAAUGGAAGCCAUCUUCCAUAUUGCCCUGGGGGCUACUACAAGUGUAGACCAAGUAGACUUUUGUUUUUCACACAUGUAUGGGAGAUGACAAUUUAAUCAUCAGUUGGGAGAGUGCAGCACUUUGUUCAGUGGACCAUACGGGUAUACAGGCACUUUGGCUGAGGGUAGAUUGUACAGCCUGCCGCUGCAAUCAAUCAUAUCAGUUUAUUAUCUCAAUCUUUUCUUAUUUAAUGAUGUUUUUUAGACUGAUUCAAGAUCAGGUGACAUAACUAUGAAGUCUGUUUAGCCAGGAGUCCUUGCCCUGUCCCAGCUGAUCCAGGGUCAUUACUGGAGGCUGGAGCACUAUGCCUGUUUACGUCUUCCACUUAAUAUAUGCUGUAGUAUGAGGCAAUACAUUGCCAGCACACACCAAUCCUGCAUUGUUAGAUUAAGUCAGUCACAGGGAAUGUCAAUAGUUAAAUUGUAAUCACAAUAGAAUAUGGUUUGAAUCACAUAGGUUGCCAACAUAUUGUAUAAAGCUAAAUGCUAUUGUCAUUCACUCAUUGGUGCAUCCUUUCUUUCUGGUUGUAGUUGAUGAACACUAGAGGGCUCUGUGGGGCCAUUGUUCAGCCCUGACCAAUGAAGGACUUGAACUACAGGCUCAAGGGAAAAACCAAUCAUCUGUAUAUCAUCUUUAUAGUUUCUAAUGAAGGAAAUGAACGUUUGCUGGACAAUUCCUGUCACUAGACCAACGAUUGUUGAUUUGAUGGUUUGUCAUGUAUAUGUGUUGUAAGAGCCAUGCUGUCUAAAUAAUUCCUUAGUGUGGGUUGUUUAUUCUGUGCAGAGCUCCAGGGAACAGAACCAGUGAGUGUGUGUAGUUAUGUAGUGGGAGAAUGCCAAUCGAUGGAACACUCAUAUCAUACUCUGCCAUGUUGAUUAAUCCUUGUCUAUGUAAUGAGCUAAGUAUACGCUAUUUGUGUAUACCUGUUUAUUAGCUCUGUGCAUAAUUGCUUUAUAUGUAAUUGUCAAUAUUACAUGUGUGUUAGUCAAAUUUGCCUUUAGAUCAGAUUAGAACUGCAGAAGUGAAAGUUUCUGAAGGGACCAUUUAUAUUAAAUAACAAGGUAAAUAACUGUCUGUUUUAUGUAUGGUAAAAGGAUUAUUUCUGUCAAAAUUACUAUAGAUUUUCACACUUGCAUGAAGUAUAGUUUAGAACUUCAUAUAAUAUAGAUUUAGAUUUGUCUAAGAUGAAGCACUUUGUCCCUGGUCAAGCUCUUUAAGAAUAAAAUUUACAUUUUGUU